CGGCGGGUGGGGCCGCCCUUCUUAAAGCGGUAGCGACCCAUUUCGGUGGGGCGUUCUGCUCCCGCGGCAGGGCCGGGCACCGGUCGUGCGCCACCCCUGAACCCGAGUUGCAGCCGGCGCUGUUGGAGCGCGGCCGCGUUCACAGCGCGGUGUGCGGUGUGCGCCGGCAGCGCUCGGAGCGGGCUGGCACCGCGGGACGCUUUAAGGGCAGCGGGCGCUUUAAGGGCAGCGGCCGCCCCGCGCGGCUCGGCGGCGAGGGGGCGUGGCGAGGGUGACGUCACCGCAUGACUGUGUUUUUAUGAAUGAAAAGAAUCCGCGGGUGAGUAAUCGCGGGGAGCGAGCUUGGAGGCGCCGCCCGACGCCCCGAGCCGGCAGCGGCCCCGCGGGACCAGCGCAGCCGCCAGCAGGGCCGGAGUGAGGAAAGGAUGGCUGCAGACGGGCUCUCCAGCAAGGCUUUGAAGGUGAAGCGGGAGCUGGGGGAGAACACUCCACUGCUGUCGGAUGAGGAGCUGAUGGGGCUGUCAGUGCGGGAACUCAACCACCACCUGCGGGGCCUCUCCAAGGAGGAGGUGGCGAGGCUGAAGCAGCGUCGCCGGACGCUGAAGAACCGCGGUUACGCUGCCAGCUGCCGAGUGAAGCGCGUCUGCCAGAAGGAAGAGCUGCAGAAGCAGAAGAUGGAGCUGGAGUGGGAGGUGGACAAGCUGGCCCGGGAGAACGCUGCCAUGCGCCUGGAGCUCGACACCCUCCGUGGCAAGUACGAGGCCCUGCAGGGCUUCGCCCGCACCGUGGCCACUCACGGGCCCCCCGCCAAGGUGGCUACGGCCAGCGUCAUCACCAUCGUCAAGUCCGGCACCAACCAGGCCGCCUACUCCUAGUGCUGGCCUCCGUCCCCCGGCUGGACGCAGUCCGCCCCGGGGUGCCUUCCCCGUGAAUUGCCUCCCAGCCCUUCCCCAACCUCCUCCCUGUCAGGACCUGUGCCCAAAAUCCUCUUUCUCCCAUUCCUUGACCUCCAGCUCCCCCAGGUAGGGAGGGCUGCUGCUAUGUGGGUGCUUGGAUGGAGAACAGGGCCUCACUGGUGGCCCCCAUAGCCCCCUCCCCUCUUGGGUGUGCAGACAGGAGAGAGCGAACCCACACAGUGGGGAAGCAUCCCACAGCUCCAAGCUGGUAGGAAAAUGCCAGGUGCCUCUUUUUUGUGAGAGGGCAUGGGAGAGCUAUAUGUGGGCCAGGCAGUCCGAGGAGCAUGUGCCAGAGAGGGAAAAAAGGAGAGAGAGGUUUUGCAGUGUAGGGGAAGAAGGCAUGCGAGAAGGGUAUCGGCAUUGGGCAGACAACCAGGACCACAGCUGGGAGGAGGUGGCAGCAUGUCUGAAAUCCCUGGGGAUGCAGAUGGCAAGGGAAGGUGAGCAGGUCAGAGGGGGAGAUAAAGUGGCUGCGUGUUAGUGCCUGGUAAGGGUGAAUGCAAUGGGAAAGCACUGUGGCAGCUUGUGGUGCUGGGGAACCCCAGAGGUGACAGUGAUUGGGCAGGGGGGAGCUGGGAGAUGUGAGUGGGUCAGCCCAGGCUGUUGUCCACUAAGGGGAGAAGCAGUGGUUCUGUUUGAUCUUUCUCUAUCGUGCACAUCCUUCACGCCUCUUCCUGCUGACGGGACACUCAGCCUGGCCGGGUGUCUGAAGUGCAGCAGCACCGGCAGGAAGGAAGCAGAGGCAGCUGGAGCAGAGAUAAACACUGUUUUGCUCAGCACAGGCCAGCUUGUAUGGCCCCCCAAGCCCUCCCUGGUGCCCCACCACCUACAAAGCCCAUGGAAAGGUGCUCCUGGCCCUCAGAGUCAGAGAUGUGGAGGCAGAGAGAGGGGUGGAGGUGCAGGAGGUGGGAAGUAGGGGUGGAGAGCAUCCCUGCUCCUUGGAGCUGCCUGGCAGGCAGAUAGGCUCCUCCCUUUGGUUUUCCUCCAGCUUGGACACCGGUGUGGGACAACCGGCUCUUGAGCAGGCUGAAAGGCUGGAGAAGAGCUGGGUUGGCUAAAUGCAGGCAGCACAGGGGAGGGAGCAGGAGGCAGGUCCAUCUCGGGAUCUGCUGCUGCAGAUGAUUCCCCCACCCCUCCGUUCUGCCCCUGCCCGGGUAUCGCCACGCCAGCCGCCCUCGGCUGCAGCCUCCAUUCUUCCCUGUAGAGGUGCCUGCCACUCCUGGAUGGGGCACUGUGGUUGGCAUCCCCCACCCCGACUCCUCUUGGGUUUAUUUAUUGCACGAACAUAAGUUAUUUUCACGUCCUCUUUGCCAUUCCGCCUCUCGGCACAGCCAGGAUGUUGGUACAGAGACGUACUUUAUAUUUUAUAUAUGCAAAUCACAUUUUAUCUUAUACUUAUAUAGAGCAAAAAAAAAACUUAUUUAUUUUCUGACUUACAGUAUGUGUCCUACCUGACUCCUCUGUAUUUUGUAGACUUUACAAAUAAAGCAAGUUUUGGUUUGUUUUUUUUUCCA